CUGUCAGUCAAGGACGUUUUUGUUUUGGCGGUUGAAGUUGUGGACAAUUAGGUUAGAAUGCCUUAAAAAAUGUAUUUGGAAAAUUUGAAAACGGAAUUUUACGAAUUUCUCACAGGAAAGCGAAUCUGCCUCAUCGUUAACUUCGACAUCGACAGCAUCUGUACCUGCAAAAUCCUCCAGUCUCUGCUGAAGUACAAGCAAAUCACUUACACCCUCGCCGUCGUCCAAGGUAUCAGCGAUCUUAAAGGUGUCUACCAGGAAAACGCCGAUCAAGUGAAGUGCUUCGUCCUGAUCAACUGCGGCGGCACGAUCGAUCUAAUCGACGUUUUGGAGCCCGAAGACGACGUUAUAUUUUUCGUGCUCGACUCGCACAGGCCGACAGAUCUUUGCAAUAUAUACAGUAACGGGCAAAUUCGGUUGCUGUGGAGUCCCGAUGACGAUAGCGAUGUACCCGAGUUUCCAGACAUCUUCCGCGAGGACGAGUCGGACGAGGAGGACGACGAGGAGAAUUUGGACGAGAGCGGCGACGAGGCGGAGGGCCGAGCCGCCAAACGAAGACGGCUGGGCGAGGAAGCCAUAAUGAAACGUCGUGAACGUAGGUUGUGGGAGGCGAAUCGAGAGAAGAUUCUCUUCGAGUAUUCACAGUUCACUUACUACGCGAAAGCCAGCGCCCUCUACAUGUUCGAUUUGGCGUGGAAGCUGAACAAGGACGACAAGGACUUGCUGUGGUACACGAUCGUCGCGCUAACCGAGCAGAUGAUCUUCGAGAAGAUCGAGCACACGCAGUACGUAUUGGAGACGGGCAAUCUGCAGGCGCACGCCACCCGCCUGCUGAACAGGACAAGCGACACCGACAAUUUGACCUCUCUGAAGAUCGCGUUCGAGAAGGACCUGAAGCUGGUCUUGUACCGGCAUUGGUCCAUCGAGGCUAGUCUCAAGUAUUCGAUGUUCACCGCCGUCAAGUUAAAGCUGUGGUCCAUUCGGGGCGAUAAACGGUUGCACGAGUUGCUUGCGGAUAUGGGGUAAGUCUCUUCCUCUUUAUUAUGUUCUCC